UUGAUCGCUUCGUUCUCCUUUAACAGAUAGAGAGAUGGAGUUGAUUGGGUUCAUUCAAGUUUUCAACCUCGUCGUCAUCGCCAUUGGGACUCUGUUGUACUUAUGCUGCGGAUCAUUAACAUUUUCUUCUUCGUCUUCUUCUUCUGGUGCUGGUGAUGCUGCUGCUGUUGAUGAUAAGGAUGAUGAUGUUGAUAUUCCCCCUCUUCCAGAAAAGUAUGAUGUGUUCAUUAGUUUCAGAGGCGAGGACACCCGCAAAACUUUCACCAGCCACCUUCGUGCUGCCGUACUUCGCAAGAAAUUCGAAACCUACAUAGACUACAAGCUGAAGAAAGGAGACGAAAUAGGACCCGGUCUGCUAGAAGCAAUCGAGAAAUCAAGGCUUUCGGUGAUCAUUUUCUCCAAAAACUAUGCGUCUUCCACAUGGUGUUUGAUUGAACUUGUGCAUAUACUCAAAUGCAGAAAGAAAAAAGGCCAGAUGGUUGUACCCAUUUUUUACAACAUCAAUCCAUCAGAUGUGCGAAAACAAAAGGGGAGUUAUGCAGAUGCAUUUGCUCAACUUGAAAAACGUUUCAAGGACAGUAUGGGCAAGGUGCGCGAGUGGAGGAAAGCUUUGAGGACUGCAGCCAAUCUUUCUGGGUUUGAUUAUUCAAACAACAAAGGGACGGAAGCUGAUUUCAUUGAAGAAGUUGUGGAAGAUAUUUCAACGAAAUUGAAACGUGAAACCUCAUAUGAUUUAAGGGGCAUGGUUGGAAUUCAAAGCCGCAUUGAGCAAGUUGAAUCUUUAUUAAGCACUAAUAAUUGGAAGGGUGUUUGCACUGUAGGCAUUUGGGGUAUGGGUGGUAUUGGAAAGACCACCCUUGCUAAGGCUGUGUUCAGGAGACUCUCUUCUAACUUUGAUGCUUGUUGUCUUCUUAAAAAUGUUAGGGAGAAAUUAGAGCAAAAAGAUGGAGUCGAUCAAUUGCAAAAAACACUUCUUAGAGAGAUCUUAAAUGAAGAAAAACACUCCAUAGAUUCGACUUCUGUUAAAGAGGGGUUCAGUCGUACAAAGGCUCUCAUUGUUUUUGAUGAUGUUAGUGAUUCAAUGCAAAUAAAAGAUGUAGCUGGAGGUGAACUUCACUACGGCGAUGGAAGUAGAAUCAUCGUAACAAGUAGAGAAUGGAGCGUACUUCUGAAUGCUGUUACAGAUGAAAAAUAUAUAUACGGGGUUGAGGAAUUAAACACUGAUGACGCUUUUUGGCUCUUUCAAUCUCAUGCUUUCAAGGAUAACUCUCCUAGAGCAGAAUAUACGGAGUUGUCCGCAAGGGUGGUAAAAUAUGCUGGAGGCAUUCCACUGGCUCUUGAAAUUUUGGGUUCCUUAUUCCUUCCAUGUAAGAGCAAAGACGAGUGGGGAGAUGCAUUGAAUAAACUGAAAAAAUUUCCCAGCAAGAAGAUUCAGAAUGUGUUCAGAAUAAGCUAUGAUCUGUUACAAGAAAAUGAGCAGGAGAUAUUUCUUGAUAUAGCAUGCUUUUAUAAAGGGUAUCGUAUUGAACAUGUAAAAAAGAUGGUAGACUUUGGCCAAAUGCACGGUGGUUUAUGUGCGGCAGAUGGAAUUAGAGUUCUCCGUGAUAGGUCACUCAUAACUAUUGAUUCGGAAUGGGAAACCAUAGAUAUGCAUGAUUUGGUACAAGAAAUGGGUUGGGCAAUUGUUCGCAAACAAUGUAUUGAAGAGCCCGGAAGACGUAAUAGGCUGUUCCUUGCUGAGGAUGUCUAUCAUGUAUUGAAAAAUAACACGGGAACUGAAAAGGUUCAAGCCAUACACUUCAACUGGUCCGACAUUGGAUCUGAGCAAAACUUGGAUCGUGCAGACUUCGAAAAUAUGCAGAAUCUGAGAUUGCUGAAUGUUGAUAGUUCUAGUUUGGUCUUGAGAAAUUCUCCGUUUUACUAUUUUGAGACUUAUGGAGAGUACUUUCCAAACCUUACUCUCUCUCUUCCCAGUUCUCUUCGUUAUCUUUUCUGGAAGGGAUAUCCUUUGAAAUCUUUGCCCCCAAAAUUUUCUCCUGACAAUCUUGUUGAGCUUCAUAUGCCCUACAUAACAAGAAGUAGUGUAGAACUUUGGAAUGGAGGCCAGAAUCUUGUGAACUUAAAAGUGAUCGAUCUUCGUUACUCCAAGCGUCUAACUGCACUUCCAAACCUCUCUAGGAGUCCAAAUAUCGAGCACAUAGAUCUUUCCGGAUGUGAAAGUUUGGUUAAAAUUCCUCCACAUUUUAAAAAUCUUGACAAGCUUACUUAUCUUGAUCUUUCAGAUUGCAAGAGUCUCGAGUAUCUUCCAGAGAUGCCUGGCAAUAUUGAAUUCUUAUGUUUAAGAGGCAGUGGCAUAAGGGAGUUGUCAUCAGUUUGGUCUCAUGAAAAAAAAUUUUCUUCCUUGGAUAUUGGAUUUUGUGAAAAACUUAAGAAACUUCCAAGCAGCAGUUGCAAGCUGAGAGUCUCUGGUGCCUUUAGUCUAGCGGGCUGCUACUCUCUUGGCAAUUUUUGGGAGCUUCCCAGGGAUAUUGGUGAAUUAGAUUUGUCUAGCACAGCAAUAGAAGUAUUUCCCACAUCAUCAAUGGAGUGUCUCCUUCGUCUCACCACACUUAAACUGAAGAAUUGCAAAAAUCUUGCGAGUCUCCCAACGAGCAUUUGUAAGUUGAAAUCUCUUGAGGUACUUGAUCUCACUGGUUGCACUGGAUUUUACGAAUUCCCUGAAAUAUUGGAGCCAAUGGAACAUCUGAAGUUUCUUUGUUUAGAAGCAACGGCAGUUGAGGCGCUUACGCAGUCAGCUGGAAAUCUAAUUGGGCUUCAAACAUUAGAUCUUGGUUGGUGCAAGAAACUUAAAGCUGUUCCAAGUAGCAUCUACAAAUUAACAAAUCUUAAAACUCUCAGCUUAAUCAAGUGCAUGAGCCUUGAAUCUUUACCAGAGCUCCCAGUGCUAAGUCGUCUUCAAGCAGAUGGCUGCAAGUUACUGAAGACAGUGGCAAGUUCAAGAACUGCAAUUACCCAAUGUUGGAAUAUAUAUGAAUUGCUUCCAGAGCAACUUGCCUUUUAUAAUUGUCGAAGCAUGGGUUAUUAUGAUGAAGCAAGCAGCAACAUAAUGGCUGAUGCACAGCUUAGAAUCAUGCGAGUGGCAACCGCGUCUUCAAAGUUAAAGGAAAAAGAGGAAAAGUUUUCUGGGCCCUUAGUUACCAUUGUAUGUCCGGGAUAUAAAAUUCCAAAUUGGUUCGUACACCAAAAUGAGAGGGCUUCAAUAAAUGUUAAGCUUCCUCCAAAUUGGUUUCGUGAAGGUUUCUUGGGUUUCGCUCUAUCUGUUGUUGCAUCCGAUUUCUAUGUUAAGAGGGGUCUGCUGUUUAGAGGCAAGUACAAUUUCAAAACUGAAGAGGGGGAAAGUCAUGAAAUCAAUUGUUCUUUCUAUGUUCCGUUUGAAGAUGGAGAAAAUUAUGGUUCCACAUUCCAUUAUAGGCAUGUGUUCGUAUUGUAUAAAGACCUUGAAUAUGAAGAGGGAGCAAAAUGGUCCUCUGCUUUUUACGACCGUGUCACUGAGGUCUCUGUUCACUCCUACGAAUUGAAUAGAUUCUGUAAUGUGGAAAAGUGUGGGAUAUGCCUGUUGUAUGCCGAAGAUGCCGAGAAAUUAAAAUAUGAUGUUAUGUGGCGACAAGAACAAGAUGAGCCUGCAGCAAGUGGGAGUGGUGAUCUUGAAGCCAAUGGAAGCGAUGAAUCUGAGGAGGCAAGUGGAAGCGAUGACUCUGAGGGAGAAAGUGGAAGCGACGAGUCUGUUGCUGGUCCAGGCCUCACCUACGUGUUUUCAACCACAAAUACCAUAUAAGGUUCAGCAAUUACAAAACUAGCAACAAAACCGACCAGACCAACUUGAAUUCAAGUGAUGGGCUUAAGGCCAGUGUUGGAGACAAUGGACUCUUUGGAGUUUGGAGUCUUGGUACUGUUAUUUUCAGAAAAGGACCUGAAGCUUCUGCUGCUGAUACGUUGGAACCUAAGACAGAAAAAAUAGUUCAAUGGGGCACAUUCACAACCCCCCCCCCCUCUUCUUCUUCCAAAAAAAAAAAAGCCCGAUCAGAUCUCUGCAUGCAACUGCUCCAAUGUAAUCUAUCUGGCAGCAACUUCUAUCCCAAUUACUUAAGAGUCUGAUUCUCUUUUAUUAGCAUCUUAAUCCCUUUUUAAUUAUACUGUUUCUCACUUUGCAAUUCA